CGCACACGAACCACGCGCGAAACUCCUCCUACGUCAUCAAGCCAUCUCCACCCCAGAAAAUCCCCGAGUUCGCAUAUUACCUGCCGAUCCACCUUCACCCCCCAUCUUACCGAAUACAGCAACUGUAGAAAACAGGCGUCAAAUGGUUAUAUUAAGUCUCUCACCACCCCGCUCAAAUUGUAAUCAGGGCAAGCAAAAUAAAACAGGGUAUGCAGAUAUCCGCUGUGCACACACAUGGGCGUGCGCUGCGCGCGUGCCCCUCGGACACACCACGGGAAUACCAAGGACCAGUCACACCGGUUAGUUAGUACACCACCUAUUCUUCCAGCGGAAACACGGGACAGCCAAGUUGGAAAAGAAGAAAAAUUAAGCUCAAAGGGUAACUUUGACACGCGGACCGUCUCGCACAUAUGAUGCAGAAACGAGACGCACGGAUGAGAGCAAGGGUGGGCACGGUGGUUUUUUGCUGCAAUGAGUAACUGUGGAUUGUAGGCGCUUAUCUUGGCCUUGAGGAAAUUUCCUCUUUGAGGAAGUCGUCGAAAAUAGGGCGCGUGCUUGGUAGUUACGUAGGAAAAGCUUGUCUUUUCUGAUGGUUUCGUUUUCGGG